AUGGGCUCAGAGGAGAGAGCUGUGUUCAACGCCACGUUUGUUCGUCCGGCUAAAUUCUACCUCAGUGGCUUCUCCAACAUCCCUUAUGUGAAGUAUUACUUUAUCUUUCUGUGUUUUGUCUACGUCUUCACUGUUCUUGGGAAUGGCCUCCUCCUCUCCAUGAUCUGCCUGAUCAAGACUCUUCACACGCCCAGAUACAUGAUCGUGUUCAACCUGGCUGUGACGGAUCUGUUUGGCAGCACCGCUCUCAUCCCCAAACUCCUGGACACGUUCUUGUUCAACAACAGAUACAUUGUGUACGAGGCUUGUUUGAGUUACAUGUUCUUUGUCUUUUUUUUAUUGAGUGUGCAGUCGUGGACGCUGGUCACGAUGGCGUACGACAGGUUUGUAGCCAUUUGCUUCCCUCUGAAGUACCACAGCAUGGUGACCAAACCCUCCAUCGGGGUCAUGCUGCUGUCAGUGUGGGCGUCUCUCCUGAGCCUGGUGGCCUUCACUGUUGGACUCAUCGAUCGUCUCUCCUUCUGUGGAUCUACGGUGGUGAAAAGCUUCUUCUGUGAUCACGCUCCGGUGUAUCUUCUGGCCUGUAACGACUCCUCUUUAAAUAACAUAAUGGCCUACGUUGCCUUCAUUAUAGUGCUCAUCUUACCUCUGAUAUUGAUUGUGCUCACAUAUGUUGGCAUUUCCGUGGCUCUGAGCAGGAUUGCGUCAGCGCAGGAGCGACUCAAAGCUCUGAGGACUUGUACCUCUCACCUCAUCAUCGUGGCUAUUUUCUUCCUACCGAUUCUGGGCACCAACAUAGCAGCAGUGACAUCGACCCUCCACCCCAACGCCAGGAUCAUAAACUCCUCUCUGACACACACCAUACCUGCUUUACUCAAUCCUAUAGUUUACUCCCUGAAGACGGAGGAAGUGCUGAUCUCCAUCAAGAAACUCUAUAAAAGAAACAGACUCAAUAAUUUCACCUCGUCCAAAUUGUGA